CAGUCCAAAGAAGAAAUCAAAGUAUGAAAUUGAAACACCAGCAGGCUACGCCUACCUCUCUCUCUUUGGAAAAACAUGGCGCUUUGGUUCUGCUCUGCAAGGUUGUUUAUUUUCCUCUUCAUCGUAUCCGCACUUCCCAUCGCUUACAUCAUCUACCAAGAACGCGCCGAGACUGAUCACCACGUUUUCCACUACCACAGCUCCGGCUUUUUCCGCGAGUCCGCCAAGUGGGACGAUCAGAGCCGUAGUUUCCUUGUCACUUUCUUGGAAGGUGGCGUCGGAGAAAUCCACGUCCCCCAAAAUUACACCCGCGACGUCGUAUUAAAGGAAGUCACAGUUGUCAAAGACUCUGACUUGACCGGGAAUGCUUCCCUCGGCCUCGCCCUUGACCGUCCUCGAAACCGGCUGCUUGUCGCCGUUGCCGACAUGUUCGGCAACCGAUAUAGUGCACUCGCGGCUUAUGAUUUGUCCACGUGGAAACGACUCUUUCUAACCAAGCUCAGUGGCUCUGGUGACGAGAAAUCCUUGGCGGAUGAUGUUGCAGUAGAUGCAGAUGGUAAUGCGUACGUUACCGAUGUGAAAGGCAGUAAACUUUGGAAGGUAGGUGUGGAUGGUGAGAUCUUGUCUACCCUCACAAACCCACUCUUCACUCCCAAAGAGUGGUACAAAAGCUUGGCUGGAUUGAGCGGAAUCGUUUACCACCCCGAUGGCUACUUGAUCGUAAUUCAUACUCUGGGUGGCUAUUUGCUUAAGAUUGAUCUAGCCAAGGGAGAUGAAGUGAAGUUGAUUGAACUUGCGGGUGGUCCGCUAUCAUUUGGUGAUGGUUUAGAACUGAUUUCUCCUACCAAGCUUGUAGUUGCCGCCGGAAACCCCUCUGGGAGAUUGGUGGAGAGCACCGAUGGGUGGGAGACGGCUUCUGUGGUGGCAAAGUUUAAGGGUCCUAUGCAUCGUUUUGCCACGGCAGCAACUGUGAAAGAUGGGAAGGUUUAUCUCAACCAUAUGGUGGGCAUGGGGUACCCCAAGAAGACGCAUGCCCUUGUUGAGUUUGUUCUCUGAACAAUCUAAUUGGUGUAUAUAGAUAUGGACACGAUAUAAUGUUCCAAAUUGUUGCUUUUCUUUUGAGUUUUUCACAUUUUGUUGUAUCACAAAAUUAAAACUAAAUACUAUUUGAAGGAUUUCUAGGAAA